AUGCUUCGACGACUCAGAUGCGGGAUAAGGACAUAUAAGGUGCUCGCUAUAGAGAGUUCAUGCGACGAUUCAUGUGUGUCGUUGAUCGACAGGAGUGCCGGUGCUAAACCGAUUGUUCUAGAUCACGUCAAGAGUACUCUCAACUCAGUCAAAGCCGGAGGUGUUAUACCGACUAGCGCACAUCUACAUCACCAGAAGAGUAUAGCAGGGUUGGUCAAACAAGUUCUACAGAAGCACAAUAUAAGUGGUGUAAAUUGUCCGGAGCUGGUCUGCGUAACUAGAGGUCCUGGAAUGCCUGGAUCCCUCAGCAUUGGAGUAGACACUGCCAAAGGGCUUUCAGUUGCCUGGGGAAGCCAAUUUUUAGGUGUUCACCACAUGCUAGGUCAUUUACUGAUACCUAGACUGGAGAGCAAUGGGGAGGAGCCUCAGUUUCCAUUUCUCAGUCUCUUGGCUAGUGGGGGUCACACUAUGUUGGUCCUAUCCAGAAGUUUGCUUGAUCAUGAAAUACUGGUAAACACCAUUGAUAUAGCUGCUGGAGAUGCCCUGGACAAGUGUGCCAGAGAAAUUGGCAUUCGGGGCAACAUGAUCGGUAAAGAACUCGAGUUGUUUCUAAACAAAAACCCACAGCUAAGCUUGAAAGACAUACCUUGGGAAAUGCCUCAGCCUUUAAAAAAUAAACCCAAGAGAGUGGACACUCUGGGGUUUUCAUUUACACCAUUUAUUAGCGGUGUGAAAUUGUCCCUAGAAAGAUAUCACAACAACGAAGUCAAAGACGAGCUGAUGCCAGCCAUGGGGUUCAGAAUACAGGAAGCAAUAUUCGACCACAUAAUUGAUCGCGUUCUUGUGGCUUAUAAAGUUCGUCCAGAGUUGAACCAAAUUAAGACUUUUGUUGGCUCGGGUGGAGUAGUAGCCAAUCAACGUCUACGAGUAAAGCUGCAAGCAGCUUUGAAAAGUCAUGGUGUUGAAAAUUUCCAUUUCCCACCUCCUGCCCUAUGUACAGAUAACGCAAUAAUGAUUGGUUGGGCAGGUAUUGAACUGUAUGAGAACGGGGUGACCUCUGAGUUAGAUGUCACUCCGCUUAGGAAAUGGUCAGUAGAGGGACUUGAGAAGUCUGGUUUCUAA